AUGGAUGGAGAGGUCACAAGUGCAUGGGCCAUUGCUGACCCAUCCAAUGCUGAGUCCAAGCCAAUCUUUUUGCCAGGUUGGUUCCGGCAUCCAAUUGACCGGGCCAUUCUGCUUUGGCAGGAGGAAUCCAGACGUUGGGAAGAUAAGAAGGCAAAGCGGCUAGCAGAAGGACGGAGCGGUUUAGCUCCCAAGAUGCAGGAAGCUUUUGACGAGUGGAGUGCUACCAAGAGCAAAACCAUAGUGCUCAACAAAAAAACACAUGGUCAGGCGGUGAACUUCAACAACAAGCCGAUCUCACAACUCAAGAAGAGUUGCUUGAUGAUUACGAUCCACAUGAGUGAGACUGCUGAGGGCUUGGCCAUCCAAGCCGGUGAUGGCAAGUUGUGGCAGCUCAAGAUGAUGGAGGGCGUGCUUCCUGCUGGCGAUUGCAUUCCUCCUGAGGUUGACCAAUUCACAGGACUGGAUCUUCCGCCUGAAGAGCAUGAUGAUGAACCUCAACUUGUAGAUGAACCCGUACAUGGUGAUGCUGACGCUUUCCUGCAUGAUGAAUUCAAUGAUGGUGAUGAUGAGCGUGACCCGGACAUGAACAAGUGGCUUCUUCUUGAAGACUCUGAGGGGUCUGAUGGGUCCGAGGAAGAAGAGCCACCAGAGCUUCUUGCAAAGGCCUUUGGCACCUUUACUCGGGCGAGGGCAGUCGAAAAGCAGCCAGAAUUCCAACGGCUGGCAGAACUAGGAUUGGCUGUGAGACCGCCUGGCUGUUGGCUGGGCAUACACCCGGCUGCUAAAGUAUGGAGAUCGGCAAGCACAGGGUCUCCCUAUUUCAGCAGAAGCUUCAAUCCAACGCCCGGUCGAGACGCGUGGCAGGCUCUCCUGCGUGUCUUCGAACUCAUGUUGCAAUCAUUUCUUGCCACCAACCCGAAGGAAAAGUUGGUGAAGCAUCAACUUGCACGGAUCCAAAGGCUCAGGCAAGAAGAGCCUGGCCAUGCGGAUUGA